ACAUUUGCAUGAGAUGUCAAACAUUUAAUAACUUUAUUACGGAUCCGGAUCAACAAGCGAGGAAAACGAGAGACCGAGAGAACGAGACUGGUUUUACCCGUGCAGGCAUUUCAGGUAAUAGCACAAGUCAGCAGGUCAUAGGAUAUGGGGCAAUGCAACAGCUCAAACUGCCAAGCAGUCACAGCACCAGCAGCAGCAGCACUACAUCCGCAUCGCCGUCGUACUUCGAUCCGAUACUCAGAUUUCAAUUUCGUUGAAUUUCGACAGAAACUCGCAGAAAUGGAGAGCCAACAGCAGCGUAUUAAUCAUCGUCGUGGUGCCCGUCCCAGUGUGGGAUAUCUGCUGUUCCAGUACCAGAGCGAGCUGACCCGCCGCCAUGCGGAGCCCACGCGGCUCUCCCGCACCAAAAUCAACAUUAUCGAUGGCUUGGUAUCCCGCACCAUACGCCACCUGAAGAACUGCAGCGUGGAGGAGCUGCAGGCCUGCAAGCGGGAGUUGGUCUACAAGGAGCAUCUCAGGGAACAGCUCAAGGGCGUGAGGAGGCGACGCACUGCCAGCAACAGCAGCAGCAGCAGCAGGAACAGUUCCCCAGCUCCGAUGGAAAAGCCCCCAAGGACACCACCCAAGCCGCGUCUUCAAGGCGAGGCUCAGACCUCAAAGGUGUCCCUCUUUGGACCCGAGAUCUUUGUCUAACUUUUUUUGGAGCUCAUUUUACUUUUUAAGUUGUAGUUUUUAAAGUUCCUUAGUACAAUUAAUGUUUGACCUUAAUUGUUGACGAUUAAAAAUCAAAGAAAAUGAUGUUGAAUAAAACCACAAGA